UAUUUUUCAGGUCUUCCCAUUGUUCAAAUGUAAAACGAUAUUCCAUUUCUGAAGACCGUGAGCUCUUUAUCUUCAUAAGGGAAUUGUUGAGUCCCGCAAACUGAUUGAAAACCCGAUUAUUUCAAACUUCAAGUUCAAAUGCGCAAAAUAAGUUCGAAUGAGAAAAAUAAUUAUCGCAAAGAUAUAAAACAAAAAUUUACCCAAUUAAUUGCCUUAAAAACUCUUGCUACAAAAAUAGGGAACAUCUUAUCAAAUCUUAUCAAAUCUGGAAUAAUAGUCGAAAAAUGAACUUCAAUAAAAAAAAUUCCAAUUCCAUAAUCAUCAUCCGGCGAUAACAGAAAGAACAACUCACUUUUGUCCCUCGAAGAUGCAAAGAGGCCCAUUGAUCCGUGGAAGAAACGAUGCGAGUGUUUCAUAGAAAAUGCCACCAGAUAAAUAUCUGAUGGAUACCAGUAAAAAGAAACAAUCGACAAGGACUGGUAUCAUCGAUGUGACACAGGAGAUUGAAGAUGAGGAGAAUCAGGAAGUGUGCAAAUGGGCAAGGUGACGGAUAAUUCAGUGAUGCGUAGACGACGUGGCUUGGCCAGUGCCAUUGUCGGCCUCACCGUCGGCUUUCUCCUCGGUCUGAUCAUGAUGAAUUACCGGGGUAUAACGAGCAAUCCGAUGACCCCAUCACCAACAAGAGGAUCAACAGCUAGACCACCUGUCAGGGUUCACAAUCUCGAUGUCAAUGUCACGGGUAAAAAUCUCGUGUUCGUCGGUGUAAUGACAGCGCACAAGUACCUGGGUACCAGAGCCAAAGCUGUUUGGGAGACCUGGGGUAAAACUGUACCCGGGAAAAUCGCAUUUUUCUCGUCUGAAUUUUCCACACUGCCAGUGAAUACCGGGGAUCUACCCCUGGUAGCACUUCCCACCGUUGACGAUGGAUAUCCACCCCAGAAGAAAUCAUUUCUCAUGCUGCAGUACAUGUGGAAGCACUUUGGGGAUAAGUUCGAGUGGUUUCUCAGGGCUGAUGAUGAUGUUUAUGUCAGGAGUGAUAGGCUUGAGGGUCUGCUGAGGUCAGUGGACUCCAGGAAGCCGAUGUACAUUGGACAAGCGGGGAGGGGCAAUUCGGAGGAGUUUGGAUUGCUGUCCUUGGAGUAUGAUGAGAAUUUUUGCAUGGGUGGGCCCGGAGUUAUACUCUCGAGGGAGACACUCAGGAGAAUUGUUCCACAUAUCAAGGAGUGCCUUGGGAAUCUUUACACAAGUCAUGAGGACGUCGAGCUUGGACGAUGUGUUAAGAAACACGCAGGGAUACCUUGCACGUGGAGUUACGAGAUGCAAUCGAUUCUAUACCACAAUAGCAGCGGUGAUCAAGCAUUCACGGGGAACCUCAAGAAAAAGGAAGUUCAUAGGGCAAUUACCCUGCAUCCGGUUAAAAGUCCACCGCACAUGUACCGCCUCCACAACUACAUGAGGUUUGCGUUGCAGGGCCUGAAAAUCCAGGAGUUGAAGCAGGAGCGGGUCAACCUCCACCGGGACAUAACGGUGAUGAUUCAGCAGUUGGGGAUGACUUCCAAAGAUUUUCAACGACAAUUAUCCACGUCCAAAGGCUAUAGCACUGUCCUCCGCGAUAUGGAACUGCUUGGAGUUCCGGUGGGUCUGAGAAGCUUCAAGCCCAACUCCAGCGGAGAAGUCGUCCCCUGGGACUUUAUAUCAAGGUCGGAGUAUAGUUUAGCGGAUUCAAAUCCCAGACGACGCAUUCAUACACACGUCAAGGAGGGCCUCGAUGACAUAACGAGGGAAGUUAUGGAUUCAAUUAAUGCCUGCUCGAGACAACGUGGACGUGUUGUUGAGGAGAGAUCUGCACUCUACGGGUACAGGAGAGUAGAUUCUUAUGGGGCUGACACCGUUCUGGAUCUUCUUCUAGUCUAUCGAAAAUAUCGAGGCCGAAAGGUCACACUUCCGGUUAGGAGACAUGUCUAUGUUCAUCAGCAUUACACUGGUAUAGAGGUACGAGAGGUCGUCAAUUGUGAGGCAGUAGAUGGCCAGGGGCGAUUGACUUCGAAGCAGCCCCAGAGCAUCUUCAACAGUGGAUUCCUGGGUUUUAGCUCGGCGAGAGAAGCAGACCCCAUCAAGGACAAGUCCAUAAAAUUCAUCCUGCCCCUGUCAGGUAGACUCCACGUGUUCCAGAGAUUCCUGAGGAACUACGAGGAGAUUUGCCUGAUGAGUGGUGAUAAGACUGAGCUCCUGGUGGUCCUCUAUCCUCACAGGAGCGAGGACUCCAUGGACAGCACAAUGCAGCUGAUCGAGAAAACCAGGAGAAAAUACUCAAGUGCCAAAAUAGAAGUAAUCUCAGGCUCUGGGAAUUUCUCGAGGGCCCAAGCUCUUCAUCUGGGCGCCUCUCAGUCCAGGGAGGAUGACCUCAUGUUCUUCGUGGACGUCGAUAUCGUCCUCAGGGCUUCAGCCCUCCAGAGAAUACGUCUCAACACAGUGAUUGGGAGACAGGUGUACUUUCCUAUCGUAUUCAGUCAAUUUGAUCCCAAAAUCGUCAGACAAAACUCGAAUCCUCAGGACCCUUUCCUCAUUAAUGAGUUCACUGGAUUCUGGAGGCAAUUCGGCUUCGGUAUUGUCUCCCUUUACAAGAGGGACUACCUGACGAUCGGCGGAUUCGAUCUGUCCAUCACUGGGUGGGGGAAGGAGGAUGUUGAUUUCUUUGAGAAGGUUGUCAAGUCCAAGUUAAAUGUCUUCAGGGCUCCUGAUAUACAUCUUGUUCACGUGUUCCACGAUGUCGAGUGCGACGAGAGACUCUCGGGACUGCAAUUGUCCAUGUGCAGGGGCACCAGGGUUGAUACCUUCGGCAGCACCCAGGCACUCGCUAGAAUUAUCUACGACAAUCCUGAUUAUCUCAAAUUCGCCAGGGACAGGAGAUCCAGACUCACUGCACCCGGGAAUUGAAUUUUUUCAUAAAUAUCGCACGAUCUUGGAAAUCAGUGGUUUUAAAAGAAAAUAUUCAGAGAUCUUUUCUACUAGAAAUUUCAUCAGCUACAAAAAAGGUCUCUAGUGUUUCCGCAGUGAAUCGAUCGUUUUCGAGAUAAAUUUACUAGUUCCUUGGUGAAUUAUUUGUUGAAGUGGGAAAAACUCAAUGUUGUGGAGAAACUGUGAUUU